CAACGAAACGACUUUGUGUUUCACCCCGCUGUGUUUUUAUUGUCACACAGAGCAGCUUCUGACUUUACAGGAGAAAACGUUCAUGAUGAAACUUUCCACAAUCCUCAUCGUCUCCGUCCUCACCAUCUGUCACCUGUACGGCUCACAUGCAGCACCGCUCAGACCUGUAUUAGACUCUCUAUCAGACCAUGUGUUUCUGAGUGAAUAUGAAGCCCGCAGGUUACUGAACGCCAUCGUUAAAGAGUUUGUGCAGAUGACAGUGGAAUCGGAUCCAAAGAUUGACAUCAGCGAGGGCAGAGUGCUGGUGAAACGCUGCUCCAGCCUCAGCACCUGCGUCCUCGGAAAGUUUUCACAAGAGCUGCACAAAUUACAGACGUUUCCUCGGACUGACGUUGGCGCAGGAACGCCUGGCAAGAAACGCAGCGCCAACUACGAGGAAACGCUCGAGCUGGCCUAAACCCCUCCUCCCUCCUUUUCUCCUCCCUCCAUCCCUCCUUCACCUCUCUGAUUUCUGUUGCAUGUGGAUUUAAUGCCUGAUCUCACAUUUCUCUUUACACACACACACACACACACACACACACACACACACACACACACACACACACAUGGCAGAGAGAAUGUGAUAUAGAGUUCUUAUUAGAUCAUCAGAUAAUGUGAAGGCUCCGCCCCAAAUGCUGAAGCGUGCAGUUAUUGUUCCUCGUAUGAUCUUUGAUCUCACAUCAGUUACUAAGAGCCAAUCAAAGACAGGGGGAGGGGCAUGACAGGGUAAUAAACAUGCCCUCAGGAGUGCAUUAACAGACUGCAGAUUGAACAGCGUCUCUCUGAGUAAAAUCAGAAACAGAAAACAAUAAAAUGGUUGCCAUGGUUACGCGUAACAAUAAAAGCAAUGGUAGCAUAGUGUCAGCUAAAUCGAACGGAAAUCUACACUACAGUGGGCGGAGACAUUAUGAUCUUCAGGACUCUUUUUGUCUUUUACAUAAAUACAUGUGAUUUUCUCUCCUCUGUCAGGGUCACAUGAUCUCAUUAACCCCUAAUAAUUGAUCUGAUGAUGUAACGAUCUGAUUAUCUGAUAAUCACACCCUGUUUAGUGUUCCACAGAGUUCCUGUAAAAUCUUUCUGUUAGUGUUUGGGACGAAGCCUUUUAAUUCUCUUACUGAUCUUGUGUGUGUGUGUGUGUGUGUGUGUGUGUGUGUGUGUGUGUGUGUGUGUGUGUGUGGAGGAAGAUAUAAAGUAUGAACACUCUACAGGUGAACAGUGUAACACAAUCACAGGGGUUUAGUUUAAUAAACUUAUUUUUCUAUCAGGAAUCUGGUUUACCUUUAUUUAUUUAAAGGUACAACACACACCCUCACACGCACAAAC